AUGGAGUUUCCGGCUACAGCUCACGUACGGCCUUUGAAGGGUUGGAGGUUUCGUCCCACUGACGAAGAACUAGUGGGAUACUAUCUCCUCAACAAAAUCACUGGUUCUACUCCACUCCCUAACCCUAAUAUUGUCCGAGACUUUGACGUGUUCGGCAAGCAAGAGCCUUGGGAAAUCUGGAACUCGUUUCGAAACGGCACCGACGAUGAUGAUCCUGAUCCCGAUGAUCUCUACUUCUUCACCAAGCCAAAGAAAACGACACCGAAAGGAAAACGGUUCAACCGCAAAGUCGGCUCCGGGACAUGGAAAGGUCAAGACUCCGGGACCGAAAUUUACGCUAAUAUCGAAACCGGUGAAGCCAUUGUUAUGGGACUGAAGAAAAGAUUCCACUACGAGAACAAGCAGUACAAAGAACACGAUGGAAGUUGGAUAAUGUUCGAAUACUGCCUUGCUGGUUCACUGGAAAACCGUAUUACCAGUCCCGAUAAUGAUUUUGUCCUCUGCCAAAUCCGAAAGAAAAACGAGAAUAGUAAAAAGAAGAGGAAGAAGUUGAUGAUCAUGAACCGUGGUGAUGAUAACGAUUAUGUAAUGCCACCAUUGAAGAACCAGAAGACCAAUAAUAAUGGUGGUGUUGAUGCUGAUAAUGGCACUAUGUUGUUUGCGGUACCACCACUGCAAGCCUUGCCAAUAUGCCAGGAAGAGCCUCCUUUUCCAAUAUUGCCACAAGACUUGACAUUGGCAGUGGAGGAUGGCCAUGGUGAUCAUGGUCAUAACACUAAUGUGCAGGUUGAUCCUUUGCCAUUACCACUGCCAUGCCCACAACAACAACAACAACAACAACCACAACCACAACCACAGCCUCCAUUGCCACAAUCUUCUUUGCCUUUGCCAGCAGUGGAUGAUGAUUCUCACAUGCCUUUGCCACCAGAUGGUGAUUUUGAUGACUUUAUCAUUGAUUUUGGAGUACUGGAUGAUUUUAAUUUGUAG